UGAUGAUUUCGACUGUUUUCUUCAUCACUUCAGGCGAUACCCAGAUUCCCUGUUGUUUUUCCUGUCUUGUUUGACUCCUUUUUCAAUAAAUUUUCUCUCUUUACACACAUUAAGAAGUGGGUUUAAGAUAAAUUUGAGGUUCUUGAUCGUUUUAGCACUUAUAUUGGGACAUUUGAAUUGGUAGGGGUUUGCGACCUGUAUGAAUGGAAACCAAUAGUAGCAGCAAAUUCAAGAAAAUUUGUGUUUUCUGUGGAAGCAACCCAGGCCACAGAAAAGUCUUCAGUGAUGCUGCUCUUGAGUUGGGGAAUGAACUGGUACUGAGGAAGAUGGACUUGGUCUAUGGAGGUGGAAGUGUUGGUUUGAUGGGGUUGAUAGCCCAGAGAGUCUAUGAUGGAGGCUGCCAUGUUUUUGGGGUGAUUCCAAAAGCACUUGUGCCGAUUGAGAUAUCUGGAGAAAGCGUUGGCGAUGUUAAAAUUGUUCCUGACAUGCACGAGCGUAAGGCUGAAAUGGCUCGACAGGCUGAUGCUUUUAUUGCACUUCCUGGUGGAUAUGGUACCAUGGAAGAGUUACUCGAAAUGAUAACAUGGGCACAACUUGGAAUUCACAAGAAACCGGUUGGCUUGCUCAAUGUUGACGGGUACUACAAUUCUUUGCUGACAUUAUUUGACAAUGGCGUGGAGGAAGGUUUCAUAAAGCCAGGUGCUCGGCACAUCGUGGUCUCUGCUCCCACUGCCCGAGAGCUCUUAAACAAGAUGGAGCAAUACACUCCCUCACAUGACCAUGUCGCGCCUUAUGAAAGCUGGGAGAUGGAGCAACUAACUAAUUAUUCGCGGGAACAAAGCCCAUAGUGAAAUUCGUGCACAGGUUAGGCCUACAAGUACAAUCCUGUUUCGCCUUGUUAAGUCAUGGAUGAGAAUCAUUUCAGGUUGGACCACAAUAUAAUGGCAUUACUGUUUUGCCCCACCUUCUGUGAUUGAUGCAGUCAGUGGUCAAUCAAUGAACUCUUAUAGUCCUUUUAGCUGUUAGAAACUUUGAUACUUGCUCGAAACACGCAGAGUUUUUCAAAUAACAGUAACAACUGAAUUUGUUUUUGCCAAAAUACAAAUUCCUUGUUGACACCA